AUGGAUAUUGAAGGCCGCCACAGUGAACUGCGGAAGCGGCUUGAUGUGCUUGGGUUUGGCCAUCCACUGCCACUCAGUGCCAUCGGGAUCGUUUCAGCAAUUUUGGAUGAUCUGAUACAAACAUCGGAAAAGUUAAAAAAUGCUAAUCACAAAAUUGAGCUGCUGCAUCAGGAAAAGGUUGCCUGGGAGCUUGGUGUGGAACCGUACAAGUGCGAUAAUUCCCGGUUACUGGCCGAAUGCAAUGAUCUGCACCUGGAGCUGAUCAAGCAGCAAGAUAAACACAUCCUGGCGAACACGGAACUUCGUUCGCGUGUACGAUCGCUGCAGGCGGAAAAGAAACAACUGGAGGAAAAAUGUCUCCAGGCGGAGUGUAAAAUCCGGGAUCUACAAACAGGCGCUAGCGAGAGUGUGAAAUCGCGCAAGGAUAGCACCAACAAGCAGCGAAAACCAUUCAUAUCAACCGUACGAGCGGGUACCUUUUACCAGCCGCCAAAGUGCUGCGAACAGGGCAUGCAACAGUCCGGAGCCCUUGCACAGACGUGCCGCUGUCCGUGUAACCAAUUGAAGCAAGUCGAUGUACUGCACGAGGUCGAACGAUUGCGCGUUGAAACGCAAAACCAGCAAGGAGUCAUAGAUGCCCUCAAGAACCAGGUGAAUUCCCGCGAUAGGGAAAUACAACGACUCGGUACGCUGUUCGCUGGGGGACGUCCAGCUGCGGCACUGGCUAAAGAUUGUUGCUAUCGUGAUGUUAACGAGCUCGGUCACGAUGUUAGCACGUUGCAGCAGGAAAAGUUAUCACUGCAACAGGAGCUUCACGAGGUGCAACAAACACAGGAACGCACCGUCCGGAAGCUUAGCCGACUGUCGGAAAAGAAUCAGCAGCUCGAGAAAGAGCUGCGGGAAUUUGAAAACGUUGCAAUGAAGGUGGAAUCGGAAGCAAACUUAAAUAUUAUAGAGCGCGAUCGUAAAAACUCGGACUUGCAGAUAAAGCUGCAACAGUCGCAACUGCGUGUGCGCGAACUUGAAUCCCUGCUAGAGCUGUGCUCGGGUGCGAACAAAAUUCAAAACUUAUCCGAUAGCUCCGUAUCCUCAUCGGCCUGCCCGUCGGAUGUGACGCUUCAAAAUGCGCUAAAGCAAUCGACCGAAGAAAAGCGACAACUCUACAGACAGCUGAACGAUUUGAAAGACCGCGAACAGACGCUUCUAUCGGACUUUGAAAAGGUGAAAACGAAAUAUACUAAGCUAAAGCAAAAGUAUGCCGGCCUAGAUCAAGCACAGGGACAUCAGCAUCAUGGGAAAAACAUGGUAACAAGCAGCGCUGAAAGUCAGGUGGAGAUACAAUCCUUGAAAUAUCGAUGUAACGAUCUGGAGGAGAAAUUACACCAUAUGAAGCAAGAGCGCGAUCGAUACAGCUCGGAUGCGGAACGGCAGCAUAGUGUUGUGACUCUAUUGAAACGAGAAAGCUUAGAAAAGGAUCACGAACUGGCGGAGCUUAAAAAUGAGCUGCAUUCUCAGCGCAAGCUGAAUCGACCUAUUACGGCGUCCAGUUCCGGUGCAGGAAGGUUGAAGACUGCUGAUUCUAUCGGUUCGGGACAAUCGACCCUUUCCGUACAAGCGGCCAUUCAUCGAAUUGAGCGCGAGAGGGAUGUUGCAAAGAGUGAGAUCCGGGAACUCACACAGGAGCGUGACACUUUGCGGGAAAAGCUUAAACAGUCCACCCGCAAUCAACAGGGUGAACAGACCAAGCACGAUAAAUUGGUAGCUGAGUACAGCGUGCAGAUCGAGAAGCUAGAAGCAGAAAAGCGUAAUCUCCAUGGGGAACAAGCGGCUAUUCAAAUGAAGGCGAAGCUACUGAAGGAAGAAAAUCGAGAACUGCAAAAUCGCGUGAAAGAAAUUGAGGAUAGCUACAGCAAAUUGAAACUUUCUUAUUCUCAUUUGAAAAUACUUCAGGAACAAUCCGAAACUGCUCUAAUGCAAUAUCAAAAUCGGCUCCUAUGCACCGAAACGCAGCUAGGUACGACCGAGAGCAAGCUACUUCACGCUGGCAGUAGCGCUGAAAAUGCACAGCAAGCAGUUGGCAGUCUGAAAGGAGAAAUUAACGUGCUCAAGACUUCGAACGCAGCGCUAGUACGAGAGAAAGACAAACUUUUGAUGGAGUUGGACAAAAAAACGGAAUGUUUGUACGCAGCCGAAGCGGAGUUGUCCGACUUGAAGACGAGAAGGAAAGAUCUCCAGUCUACGAUUGAUAAGAUGCAGCGGAAGCUUGACAACGUUAGCACGGACAACAUCCAUAAGGAAAGCACUCUACGAAGCGUUUCCACUGAAACGGAUACGCUGAAAAAGCAGAUGGCGGCACUGAAGCGCAAAAACGAUAACGCUUCGACAGAGAAUGGUCGCCUGUCGAACGAGCUAACGGAUGCCCUUGCCGAACUGACGCUAACGAAGCGGCAACUUAAGGAUUCGCAGCAGGAAGUAGAACGGAUGAAAACGCAAUUACGCGAAUAUGUACAGGAGAUGCAGCGGGCCGAGGAAUUGCUGUCAGAGAAGGAACGUGAAAGAGAGCAGAUGCUCGAACGGUAUAGAUCUCUUUCAGAAGGAGUCAAUGUCCUUGAGACAAGCAAUCAUACUCUCGAAGCAGAAACCAGUGAGGCAAGAAAACUGCUGCAGGAAGCGGAAGAACGCAUUGCAACGAUGGUGGAGCUGAUGAACGAACGGGAGCAAAAUAUUCGCGAGUGUGAGCAUCAGAUAAACGAGCUGUCGGCAAACCUGGCCGCUGCUCAGUCGGAGCUGGACGCGAUGCGGCAGGAAAACAAUUCACUGGCGAUGGAUUUAGAAGCCACCAAGGAAUUGUGCAAUAAGCUCGACCUGCAGAAGGACAAGCUGCAGGCCGAGCUGGAAGAGCAUUCUAACAUUCGGGAGCAGCUCGCACGUGAAAAGGGGACCCUGCAGAAGGAACUAACGCUUACCCGCACUGGUGAUCGGGCAGCGGUGGACGGGCUGCAGGAACUGUUGACCGCUAGCCGGACCGAAGUGGAGCAGCACCGUAUUGCGCUAGCAAAUCAACAGCAAGAAACGGAUAAACUGCGAACGGAGGUGGAUUCGUUGCGCAGACGGUUGACUGAGGAGCAGGAAACGGCACGCCGUAGUGCAGCGUUAGCCGGCGAGUAUAGUGUGCAGGUGCAGGAGCUGAGGCGCCGCAUCACGGAUGAAAGGUUUGCACAGAUUCGUUCGCGCGCUGGGGAGUCGGCGGAGCGCGAAGACAUUGAAGAUGAUGACGACGAUUGCAACAGGUAUUCAACGAUGUAA